ACUAUCAGUUGUCGGAGCUUAUUCAUUUAAAACGAACGGCAUGGCGAAAUUUAUGUUUAUCAUUUUUAUUUGUGCAAUUAUUCCGCAAAUAUUCACCCAAUGCACGGUGGAGAGAGCAGAGAAACGGUUUCAAAGAUCAGUGUACGAAUUCUCUUUGGAACUGCUGACCAGGCUCGCUCAGGAGAAAGAUAUCCACUUCGUGACCUCCACGUUGUCGACAUGGUCGCUGUUGACGGUCACCUCACUGGGCGCCGCCGGCACGACGCUCGCAGAAUUCAAAGAAGUUCUCAAACUACAUCCACGUAAGUGUUUCAACUAUAAAUACUUGGAACUCGCUAACUCCGUCUCCGAAAAUAAUGAAACCGAUGUGAUCGUCGAGAAAAGCUCUGCCAUAUUCGUCGACGAUAGGACGCCGAUCCUAAAAUCUUUCAAAAGGCGAAUCAAAUCAGUAGUCGCCACUGAAUUUGAAAGUCUGUCAUUCGACAAUGCCGAAGCUGCGGCCCAGAGAGUCAACGACUACGUGAGCAGAGCUACACACGACGUCAUAGACGAAAUCGUCUCGCCAGGAGAUCUAGAAAAUGUAUUAUUUAUCAUGAUUGACGCCAUAUUUUUCAAAGGCGCGUGGAAGUUUCCGUUUCCUCGAGAAAAUACGCAAGUCGCAGCAUUCUACAAUGAGAGAGGUGCACAAAUCGGACAAACAAAUUCAAUGUUUAUUACAAAGAAGUUAAACUAUAGAAAUAUAGAUAAAAUAAGCGCCGAUGUGUUGGAACUUCCAUACGGAAGCGGUAACAGGUACUCGAUGUUGGUGAUUCUGCCGAAUCGAGACGUUUCCGUGUAUACAGUUAUAGAAAAACUUAAAACUGUAAGUUUGAAAUCUAUACAACUUUUAUUCGAUGAAUACGGACCCACUAGCAUGGAAGUCAAUCUUCCUAGAUUUAAGAUUACCUCAGAUCUGGAUAACUUAGGAGAGUUAUUGGAAGAUAUGGGUCUGAAGACAAUGUUCGAUAGCAGUAAAGCCGAUUUUACGAAACUAUCCAAAUACGAAGUGUACGUUUCUAAUUUUAUCCAAAAGGCUGACAUAGAGGUGACCGAGGAAGGCACGGUCGCUGCUGCAGUCACCGAAGAGGAGUUUUCAUUCAGAAGUAGCCCCACCGUGUUCAACGCUAACAAACCAUUCCUGUUCAUGAUUGUAGAUAAGAAGGUAGAUGUCCCAUUAUUUGUUGGUGCAUAUUCUAAGCCGAGCGAUAUGGAGCUGGGAUCAGAAAUGGUGGACACAUACAACUUGUCUGCAGACCAAAGGCGAUUCUAUGAAGACAAUGGAUAUCUGGUUAUUAAGAAACUCAUUGAUUUUACAUGUUUGUAUGGAUGCAAGCAAAGGUUCAUAAAGAUUUGCAAAGGCGUGGUGGACAGGGGGGGUAUGACUAUAGUGAAAGAGCCGAGCCUCGCAGCUCAAGGGGCAAAGGGCGAAGACCUUAUCAAUAAGAUAUCCGAGAUCCACUUCGACGACGUGUUCGCGACAUACACGGAGCACCCGCGCCUGCUGCACGUGCUGGCGCAGCUGAUCGGCGAGCCCAUGCGCGUCAUCAACAGCAUGCUCAUCAACAAGCCGCCCGGCAGCGUGCGCCACCCGCCGCAUCAGGACCUGUACUACUUUCCGUUCCGUCCGGCUGAGAAAAUCACCGCUGCGUGGACCGCUAUAGAUGACGUCACAGUGGAAAAUGGCUGUCUGUACGUCAUACCCGGCUCGCAUAAGCGAAACUUCAUCUAUCCACAUGGAAAUUUGCCUGACUCGAACAAGUUGUACCACGGCAUCCUGGAGCCGGCGGUGUCGGAGGAGCCCCGCGCGCAGCUGGAGAUGAGUCCGGGAGACACCGUGCUCUUCCACCCGCUGAUAGUGCACGGCUCCGGGCCCAACACCACCAAGGGCUACCGCAAGGCGCUGACCGCGCACUACGCGCACGAGGGCUGCCACUACGUGGACGCGCGGGACUCCGUGCAGCAGCCCAUCGUGCUGGAGAUAGAGGCCGAGUCCCGCCGGAGGGGCUUCCAGCUCAGCUUCGAAGAUGUAUGGCGCUACAAAAGUAAGCCCAUCCCCAGCAGAGGUCUGCAGUCCAAACUAUAAAGCUGCACAAAUAAUAAUUACGAGAAAUAAACAAAUGUAUUACAUUCGGCCAUAUUCCAAAAGUCAUUAAGUUAUCGAAACCAAAUCUAUCUAUCUAAGUUAUGAAUAUAAUAAUCAAUUGUGCAACUGUUAUAAGUAACAAAAGCACUUUAUUGUAUAUUUCGGAAAAAAAUUGCUUUGUAUAAUACGUACUUGGUUUGUUUUAUUUUUAUACGUUUUUAUACACUUUUACUUUUAUUAAAUUUAAUGUUACUUAUUUAUAUUGAAAUUUUAUGUUAAUGGAGAUUAUUUUUUACGUUUUUUUAUUAUUAAUUUAUCUAGCGGAUGUCCGCGACUUUGUCCGCGUGGAAUUAAGUUUUUCACAAAUCCCACAGGAAACAUGGUUUUUUCCGGGAUGAAAAGUAGCCUAUGUUUUAAUCCAGAGUGAAAUCUAUUUCCAUUCCAAAUUUCAGCCAAAUCGCUUCAGUAGCCGCAGCGUAAAGGAGGAACAAACAUACACACAAACUUUCGCCUUUAUAAUAUUAGUGUGAUACCAGUGCGAAGACGGGGUGGGUCGCUAGUUAUACAUAUAAACAUUCCUCUUCGAAUCAUUCUAUCUAUUUAAAAAAACCGCCUCAAAACCCGUUGCGUAGUUUUUUUACAGAUUUAAGCAUACAUAGGGACAAAGGAAGCGACUUUGUUUCAUACUAUGUGGUAUUUUGUUAAUGUCUACAACAACUGUUGUUAUACAGUUUCUUGCUCCAUAUUAGUAGUUGAUUAAGUGCUCAUAUUAAUAUUAUAAUUAAAAGUGGGAUUAUGUUUAUACUUACCAAAAUAUACUCCGAGGCAAAAUUAUCCGCCCACUUUAAUAUACUCGCGUCAUAUUCAAGAGGGCGGAUUGUUGUGCCUCGGAGUAUAUAUAAUGUUUUUACAAUAAGGGUAGUUAAGCUAAUAUGAAAGGUUGCGUUUUUAUACACAUAUUUUAUAUUUUUUCCUGUUAUAUUUAAUAAAAAAUUUCACUGAAGUGUGUAUCUUUAAUUUUUUUUUAAUCGAUAUCAAUUGCGACUGAGUUGCCCCCGUCCGAGCUCUUUCGUUCCAACGCAAUAUCACCGGUUGUGCCGCUAGUGGUCGACAUUUUGUUUUUUCUAUAGUGUGAACAAAGAUGUGAGGGACUUCUAAAAAAAUUGUAAUGAUUUCGUAGGAAAAAUCAAACCAAUGGCGUAAAAUUUAUAUAUAAAAUAUUUAUUUAUAAUCUUAGAUUUGGUAA